CUACUCUUGAUGAUCUAUACUUUUGCCACACGCCUUAUAUUGACAAUCAUCACUUUUUCGUUGUUUAUUGAGGCAGCCAUUACUGUUGACAAAAUGUCAAGAAAUAAAUACAUCGCAAGAAGACAGAAUUCUGAAUUAGAAAUGAAACUCCAAUGUAGUGAACAACCAGCUUGUCCUGAUGUUGUUAUAGAGCCUUGCCCUAAUGCAUGUGUUAAUAGUUGUAUUUUUUUGAAUCCUGAUAAUCCAUGCUGCCCUUACUCCGGUCAACCUUUUUGCUUAAAUCAGUAAGCAAGAACUUAUAU